ACUAGUCUGUGUAUCAGUGUAAAUGGUGUAAAUAAAAAUUUUAUGAAAUGAAAUAGGGUCUUUUAAAUAAAUAAUGUUUGUGUUUUUAGAGUGAUGUCAAGAAAGUGAUAUAGAAAAGCGUUUGAUAUUACGUAUCAUUUAUAAUUAAUGAGUACUGAUAAUGUUAAGUUAAUAUCUUUUAGACGCCACGCCUCCGUGUUGACUGCCCAGGAAAUGUCCUCGUCUGUUCAUAUUCCUUAUUCAGCUCUUCACUCUAGGAGUAUUUUACCGAUGCUACUCAUAUUUGACAUAAUAUGCUAAAAGGGCACAAUCUUUAAUUUUAUUUCAGCUUUGUCUUUGUUCUAAAAUGGAACUGUUUCUAAUUUUAUCCUUGGUUUCCUUUGGACUGGCUUAUGAUAAAGCAUCUUUCUAUGGGGCAAGCUAUAUAUCAUAUCCACUCCAAGAAGCUAAAGGUGUCACAGACAUCAGUUUUCGCUUUAGAACUCAUUUAUCUGAUGCUUUAUUAUUACUUGCUGCUGGCAAAACUGACUACUGUAUGAUACGUUUGGAAAGUGGUAGACUGAAACUUCACAUAAACCUGGGGGCAGGAGAAAGUGAACUGUCAUCUGUGAAAGGGAUGUCUCUAAAUGAUUCUCAGUGGCACCAUGUUAGUAUUAUAAGAAGGGAGGCCAACUUGACUAUGAAGGUGGAUGACAGUGUUGUUAAAAAGAAAUUACCUGGGCGAUUUUUCGAACUGAACAUACAUUUUGGAAUAUUCUUAGGUGGUCAAGGAGAUUUCUCUGAACUCUUCUUGGGCCACAUGGAGAAUUUCCGUGGUUGCAUGGAGGAUGUAUUCUAUAAUGGCGUUAAAAUAAUAGAGAAGGCUCGCAGUCGUAGCGGAUCAGUGCAUGUGGAAGGUGUUACUUGGAACUGCGCCCCUGAAUUUGAUGCAGACCUCAACUCCGAAAUCAGUUUUGUUGAUGAAGGAGCAUAUUUAGUCCUACCUAAAAUCAAUUCUAGAGCUGGUGGGAGAUGGCAUAUGGAAUUUAAAACUAUCACACAAAACGCCAUGAUUCUGUACAAUCCCGGUGGCGGUCGUGGCUCUGACUUCUUAGCCGUUGAGAUAUUAGAUGGAGUAGUCCGUGUGAAGAUGGCGCGGGGCCAGAUCGUCCACUCUCUGAGAAUUAAUGACGGUCAAUGGCAUAAGAUGCAUAUUUCGUUUAAUCCUGCACUUAUCGAGCUGUCUGUGGACAACGUGGCGAUGAGUACGCGCAUAGAAAGCGGUGGCACUAGAUACUUGGACUUGUCAGACUCAUUCUACCUCGGUGGUAUAGAAACUGAGAAACGUCAACGAGCUUUCGCCAAAGGAAUUAAAGCUGCUGAUUCUAGUAUCAUGGGGUGCAUAAAGGGCGUGGAGGUGGAGGAGCGGUUGUUCGGGUUGCCUAAUGCAGCGGUGACGUACGGUGUGAGUCCACGCUGUGUAUGGUGGUACCCGUGUGACGCGAGUCCUGGUAAUCCGCCUUGUUUACCUCACGCCACCUGCCACCAACACGGUGUUGACCACUUCACGUGCAAGUGCGACUCAGAUCUCUGCAUCAACCCGGACUACGCCGAGAAGUAUAAGGUGUUCUCUCGGUCCAGUAGUGAACUAGAACUGGUUGCUCUGUACCCGUUAACCGUCCAAGAGGGUGGUGUAGCAGUGAUCACCACACAGAAUAUCGAUGUCAUAUUAGAUCAUCACAAGUACGGCGUGAGACCUUCAGGAGUACUGUUGCACGUCGCCCAGUCACCACAGCACGGAAGAAUCGCUAUUGAUUUGUCACUGCAGAGAAAUACACCGCCGUUCACUAAUUAUAUUGAAGGAGAGAAGUCGAAACAAUUCUUCACACUUUUGGACUUGACGAGAGACAAGGUCCGAUACGUUCACGAUGGCUCGGAGAAUCACCAGGACGCCAUAGUAUUGGACAUGGAGUUGAUCCCGGAGACUAAGUUCACGCUGCCGAGUUACCUGCAGGGACGCAACACGUUCGUGCUGCACGUAAACGUGACGCCGGUCAACGACCCACCGGUACUCAACCUGCUGCCCGGGAAACUUCUCCGGCUGACGCAGAGUGUGCGCAGCGCUUCAAUUAUUUUACAUGAUUUGCUUUUAAGUAGUUGCAUGUUAUGUUUUACCACAUAUUCAGUCAAGAGCACCAGGCUUUAACAUUAGUGUGAUGUGUGAGUAUACUAAAAUAUUUUAAUAUUUAUUUAAUUAGAGCAUAAAAUUACUUUUAUAUAUAAGUUCAUUUUGACAACAUUAUUUGUAUUUUUACAUUGUUGCAUUAGAACUGACGU